GUAUAGUCCACCAAUUCAUUUGCAGACAUGAAUGAUUACUUACCAACUAACUUAGGACCCCUCUGACUUAUGAUCACAUAAGAGAAGAAACAUAAGCAUGUGAUGUGUCAGGUUAGGUGCGUAGUAGCUUGUCACAAAGUCUGUCUAAAUCUAUUAAGCUCUUCUUCUAUAUAAUACAACAAAGCUUGUAGCAUUCUUCAUCAAUCACAGCUUGCACUAAUACAAAGAUUUCUGCAACACAACUUUUCAAGUAGUAUCUUUUUGCUUUCCCAGAGAAUAAUGAUGAACACAAAGAAGCUAAUCAAGAUGUUCAGGAAAUGGCAACAGAGAGCAGCUCUCCACAGGAAAAGAAUCUCAUUCCAAAGACCAAGUACCCGCUCAACCACUGUAGAGAAGGGAUGCUUUGUCGUUUACACGGCGGACAACACACGCUUUGCUUUUCCGAUAAGCUACCUAAGCAACUCUGUAUUUCAAGAGAUUUUGGAGAUAUCUGAAGAAGAGUUUGGCCUCCCAACCGGUGGACCAAUCACAUUACCAUUCGAUUCGGUUUUUUUGGAGUAUCUCAUCAAAUUGAUCAAAAGACGAAUGGAUGGAGAUACAGAAAAGGCUUUGUUAAUGUCAAUCUCUAGUGCUAGAUGUUCUUUGCAAAAACAAGAACAGAGUACUCAACAAUUGCUUGUAUUUUAGAGAAUUAGUGUGUAGCAGUUUUUGUGUUUGUAAAGAUUCUACUGUAUUAGAUUAGACAGAUUAUUUCAGAAAUACAAAGUAAAGUAUUAUUUGUGUCUCUCUUUUAGACUGCCUCAUCAAAACCAACUUUCAUUGUAAACAAAGAAAAAUGAGAUAACUUUUACUUCACUUGAUGAAUCUUUCAUUCAUCACAAUUUCAUCAAUUGUCCUUAUGAAUCUUUUGGAAGUGUAAUACAAGACUGAGAAAGAACUAAUACGAACACGGUAUCUUUUCUGAUCCA